GACUCGGUGGAGUGACGGAGUCGGUGGAGGAACGGACUCGGUGGAGUGAACCGAGUCGGUGGAGGAACGGACUCGGUGGAGUGAACCGAGUCGGUUGAGGAAACGGACUCGGGGGAGGGAACGGAGUCGGGGGAGGAACGGACUCGGUUGCUGGUUUGAAAAAAGCAAACCAGGGGGAAACAAAACCUGCGCCGACACGAACUGGUUGUCCGGGCAACCUGCUGGUUCCCCCAGGAAUAACUUCCCUUUGCUAUUAAAGAAGGCGACCUCGACAGAAAGACGGUCUCUUGUCCUUAAGACAGGAACAUCUGUCACCGCCGGGCGGCGCAACAUCCCCCCCCCCCUCUGUUAGUCAGACGUGUACAUCUACUACGUUGUUUCCUACAGUUGGCUCCAUCCGUUGCCUAGAUACGACGCUCCUCUUACGUCUCCACAGUAACGUCCGGGACGCUCCGAAGGGGGGCGGAGCGGCUGGAGGACGACAGGGUUCUCGGUUCCAUACCGUGAAACGGCGAGAGAGGCGAGUCGUAGAUGCCAUUUCACGACGGCGUGUACUACCCCUACCCCAGUGAGACCCCAGGGACCCACUCAUCAGCCGGGAUCCCCUCCCUCCUGAGUUCUCCCCUCAGCCAGCCCUCCUCCGUCGGCCACUCUGCUCGUCCGUCGGGCAUGACGCCAUCCAGCGGCACCCCCACUCUGCCUCCAUUCAAGUUCCGCCCGCGGAGGGAGCGGGUGGACUGGCGCCGUAUCAACGCGGUGGACGUGGACCUGGUGAUCAGCGAGCUGGAUGUGGACGCCCUUCAGGAGCACAUCAGUACAGUGACCUUCUGUAGCCUGGAGGGAGAGCGCUGUCAGCGGUGCCAGAGCCCCGUGGACCCGGCGCUGGUCAAGCUCUUCCGGCUGGCCCAGCUCAUGGUGGAAUGGCUCCUCCACUGCCAGAGCUUCCUAACCCUCAACCUGAGUGCGGCUGAAGAGCGGCUGGCGGCAGCGGGACGGGACCGGGAGCAGCUUGUGGACCAGCAGAAGGCACAGGAGGAGAAGGUGAAGGUGCUGACCACGGAGCUCAAGCAGAGGAAGAAGUUCAUCCGUACUCAGCAGUCCUUGCUCGCCCCGAGGAUCAUCAGCAACCACAAGUGUUUACAUUGUGAAAAAACCUUCAUCAGUUCCUCCUUUCUCCAGAAUCACAUACAACGCCGCCACCCUGAUGAUUAUGAGAUCCAGUUGCGGUCAGACAGUGAGAAGAAGUCUCAGAUCGAGAGCCUCAAGGUGGAGAUCAGUGGUCUGAAGGAGCAGCUGGUUCAGCAGCAGCAGGCUUUGCUGGACAAAGCAGCUCAGGAAAAAGAGCAGCAGUCCAUGCACAAAGAGCUGUUGAGAGAACUGGACCGUUUCAAGGCCGAGGAGAUGGCUCGCAUGGACCGAAAGAUAGAGGACAGUCGGGACGGCAUGCGCAGAGAGCUGGAGUAUCUUUACAGCAGAAAUCUUCAAGCUCGCAUCGAAGCUGAUCAGAGUCAGGCGGUCAAGCGCGACGCAGCGGUCAAGCGCGACGCAGCAGCCAGCCCUGUUCAACGCCAGGCGGAGAGAGAUCUGGACAACUACAGGGAGAUGCAGACGCAAGCCAUCCAAAAACUGGAGCAUCAACUCAAGAAGCAGGACAAAAAAUGGGAAUCCAGAAUGCACGAAAUCAAAGAUCAGCAUGAUUCUGAAAAAAAUCAGCUGCUGAAUGAGCUGAGCAAGAUGCAGUCCUUGAUGUUGGAGCAGCAGGAGCAUAGCCAGAGACUCAGGGAGGAGAUGGCAAGACGUUUGCAGGAGAAGGAGCACACCAUCAUCACUCAGACGGAGCAGAUAAAGACCAUUUCAUCAAAUCCACCCACCAAAGUGGUUGAAGUACCAGUGAUGGUUGCUGCACCAGCGCCAGAGCCCAAACCAAAGAGAGUCAUACUUGACUCCAGCAGCACCUCUGAGAGGAAGGCCGUGGACAAAAAGGCAGAACCCACAGCAGAGAAGAAACAAAGAUUGACUCCCAGCGCCCUGAGGAAAAACCCCAACAUCAAGAAGGAGCUAAGGGAAGCUCUGGAGCAGGCUCUCACUGAGAAGCUGGAGGACCUUGGGGUCAAGCCUGACCAGAGUGGGGUGAAGAGCAAGGAGUUAGGUGCCAUCAUGGCCAAGGUGCGCUCAGAGCGGGACAGCAUUGCAAGGGAGAUGCCAGACUACUGGAGACACCGCGAGGAGUUGGCCCAUGCCCUGGAACAGAAACUGAGGGGGCCGAGGAGAGGCAGCGACCCCGCGCCGGAGCCACGGGCCAAAGCCAAGACCACAGUUCAAGUGACUCAGAGUAGACCUCGGUCCAGCAGUCUGCCUUCCAGGGUGACCCAGGUGAUGUCUGGACCUCCUGUUAAACAUGCCAACACCCCCCAACCAGCACCAAGGAGUAGAACCAGUGCCCUACCCAAGACAUCCACCCCCAACUCCAAGACCACCUUGUACAGUGCCACUUCCAGGACUCCUCCUUUCAGUUCAGACGAGGAGUCAGAGGAAGACACAGAUGACAAGGAGGAAAGGCUUGUCAGACACGUCCCCCAGCCCAAACCAUACCAUGCUGCGCCGGUCCAGGCCAGGGUGAGCAGGGCCAGUCCAGACAUGGGGAGGCAAGUGCCCGCCAAACGCUCGCCCACCUCCAACCUCCACCAAUCCGGCGGGCUAGCGAGCACCAUUACCGAGACAGUGGUGGCUACCAUAGAGAGCGAAGAGGACUGGUCUGAGGUCAGCGAAAUGCUGGAGAUCGACCCCAAGCAGCUCCCGAGCUACAACGUCCAGAACAGCAGCGUGGCCAAAAGAAACUUUGGCACAGAUAACACUGUUAGUGACAUUGCCAAGAAAAUGGAGAAGCAGUUAGCGGAGAGAACACCAAAGAAACCAGUAGGGGGUGUGAGCAUCUUACCGCAGAAGAAAGACAUGGUGCAGGAGUUCGUGUACACAGAUCUAGAGGAGAACGACUGGGUAGUGUCUUCCUUGAAGAGUGGUGGCCUGCGUGAAACACCCAAACCCAGCAUGGGCUCCGGACCACUGAGGAAGAGCCAGGACUCACCCAGCACCAGCGUCUGGGGGACCUCAACCAGCAAGGGACAGAAAUCAGGUCUGACCGAAACUGGGACUGGAAGCACACUGAAGAGCAGCCUGGUCUCCCUCAGCGACUUCAGCGACUCUGAGGACAUUUAGCAAUACACAAUCUGCUGCUGACAGGGUGAUGUCACACCAUACAGAACCCUCGACAUCCUACAAAUCAUAUCACACAUCUGUCUCGCAGACAAAUAUUUAUGAAAAGGGAUUUUUUUUUUGUGGCUUCAAUAGAGAUUGUGUUUUUUUAUAUAAGUGAUUCAAGGUCAAAUAUGUUUAUAAUAUGAAUGAGAUCACACCAUUGACUGACUUAAAUCUGAAACAUACUGUUCAGGUUCACCAUAUGCCUUGUGCCAAUUUGUUCAAUCAUCUGAGCGCUCAUGGCACUUUUCAGUAUUCUUUUGUUAAAUACAGAAUUUACCUUAGAAACUGUUUGUAUUUUCAAGGAAACAUAACUUUGCACUCCAGUUGAGAUCCUAUUUAGGGUACUGUAUGUAGUUGCUUGUCAAAUUUUGUACAUCAAAUUUGUCAAGUCCUUAUGUGCUGGUCUGACAGCGUAAUGAGAUUUGAGUUGUUCUGGAAUAUAUUUAUACAAGCAAAAUAAACAACGUUUUCCGUGAACGUAAGCCAGUCGUCCAGAACCCUGUUUGUUUUGAACAGCUGUGACGGAGAGUGGGCAUCUUUGUGUUUUUCAUGACACCUCAUCCGUGAAACGUGAGUUAAAUCUCCCCACCAACAUGAGAUCUCUUAGUGGAGAAGACGAGCGAAUGUUGAAAUUGGAUACCGACUAAACACUUCAACAAGCCGCGGUAGAAACAUAAAAAAUCAGCCCAGUGGUCACCUCUGUAUCGCCGUCUCUAUAAGUACCAACACCCCAAAAAACUGCAAACUCGCUGUCGUUCUCUCUCUACACAAUUUAUGAAAUAUAAAAUAUUAAUCACCAUUUAACAGUGGAAGCAUUUGCUCAGCUACUGACCUCUCUGGACUUUUUAGCUUUGAUAAAUGUCAGAGUUAAACUUUCUAUUUCACAUACUUUAUUUCAGAAUGAAACAAACAGGGUCUCUUUCAUUCAAACUUUGGUCUUUUAAAAUUAAUUUUACAUAGUAAACUUUCACAAUUCGGGAAUAUUCUGUUCCAUGGUCCCUUUAAAAGAUGUCAACAGCAAGAAAUUACAAAAUAAUUUAAAAAAUUGAUUGCUUAUUUCAUAUAAUAAAAUAACAACAACCAACAAUAACAUCAAAUCAGGAAGUGGCUCAGUAGAGCAGCUGUGAUUGGCUGUGGUCAUAACUGCUGUUCGUGGCCUCUGUAGCAUUUACAGUGCAUGAAGCAGUGUUAUGUUUUCUUUUCAGGAAGUCAUUCUGACACUGAUUUAAGUGCAUUCUAGAAUAUUCUCUGCUUUUCAUUUUUUUGUCAUUAAAUACUUCCAAGAAUAUCAGAGGAAGUAACGCCGAACGAGAAAGAAAGAAAAAAUCCUACUUUGUUUCUAAAACAAUCGCUGUACGAGAGCUUUGGUACGAAUAAAUAAAUCUGGUGGUCCCCAAACACGCUGCUAGACAGCCUGUGUUGAGCUUUUUUGUUUUUUUAGAGGCAGUGUGUUGUUUCACCGAACUGGUCUACUGAGAGAGACCCUCCCUCGCUCGCCAG